GCAGUCGUACUGGACCAGGCCUUGAUGAGAUACUUAUUGCUGCUGCUAGUGGAAAGGAAGCUAGUAGUGAAGUGAUGAGUUAUCAUCUUUGGUUCUCGGUUUAGCCACGACUGGAUUAGCCAGUCUCGUAAGUCAGCGCCCAACCGGGCACUCCCGCGAAAGCGGUCUGCAGGUGUGCAAAGCUGCCUACGAUAACGUAUUGUGAGUUAGUUGAACUCUCCAGUCUUUGGCAUCAUGUAGAUUAGAGUGCGCACACAGGGUAAGCACUGCUGAGGCUAGCUAAUAUCGUACCUCGGUUUGCUAUUAACCUAUUUUAUCUGUUUGUGCUUAUGCUGUGCGCUUCACGCUCUGCUAGCAUAGAGUCGUUGUCUAACCCCCUUGGGAGAGAGUGAUUCUCUCUUACCGCUUAUUAGAACAUAGGAGAAAAGCACUAUGCUGGCGUCAUGAGUAGUAAGACAAUCAUACACAUUCUGACCUGAAAACUCCUUCUAAGCCCGGCCUUAAGAAAGAAUCAAAGGCGAGGUCUCCUCUAACAAGUAAGUAAUUUCAUACCUAUUCCUUCCUUUCUCUGUCUUUCAUUCCAGGUAAGCAAGCCAUUAGUAGGGAGUUUGGGUUCUCCCUUACAUCUAACCUAGGUUAGUAUCUUGGUGUUUCAUUACUCCAUGAGCGAGUUACCGAAAUUUUAAAUAUAUUGUUGAUAGAGUUCGGGAUAGAUUGAGUGGAUGGAAACUCAACCAGCUUUCCUUGGCGGGCCGAAAUGACUGACUGAGUAAGGGUGAUUCGGCCCUACCCACGUAUACAAUGCAAACGGUUAAGCUGCCAACAUUGACUUGUGAAGAGAUUGAAGCUCACAGUAGAUCUUUUAUCUGGGGGUCUACGAAUGAGAAGAAGAAGCCCCAUCUUGUUAAGUGGGAGCAGGUUUGCCAACCAAAGGUUAAUGGGGGUUUAGGCAUAGGGAGGAUGAGUCAGAAUAAUGAAGCUUUUCUUAUGAAGCUCGGGUGGGGAAUAUUGAGUUGAAGCAGGGUAGCUACGGUUUGUUCCUUGCGGUCGAAGCUAUUGCAUUGAUAGGCAGGGCUUGCCGGUACAAUAAAGCAGUCAAUUGGGACGCCCCCCGGAACUAUACCUAUAACGUUCACAAACAGACCCAGCUCUUCCAAUAGACCCCUAAAUCUUGGGACAGAAAAUUCCCCCAAAAAGAUAGGAACAAAGAUCUCAUGGUAAUGACGCGCAUAUCGAAAGUUUGGAAAGUGGGCUUCGUCCAACUCAUCUAGAAAAUAAUUAAAUAAAAAGGGGGUGAGAAAAGUCACAAUUGGAAUUCCAGUUUUCGUCGACCAAUCCGUUCCCGUGUUGUCUAUGAUGGGCAACUCAAAAAAGGACGAGAUCAAUCGCAAAAGAAAUGAAUCUUCUUCCCCGUAAGGUUAUGAAAUAGCUUAGUGCUAGCUAAGGUUAUGUAGUAAAUUAAGCCAAAAGGCUAGACUUAAGGAUUAACUUCUUUGUGAGUGAAUACCGAGCCGAAAGGCCCGGCUCUGACUUAUUUAUUUGAUGCUGAAAAUCCGAUCUGCAGAUGAAGCAGAAGCAGGCAAAAGGCUCAAGGCAUAAAGGCGAUUAUUCCUUUCUUGAGCUAAAUCAUUGACCUACUUACUUCGAUAGUUCUUAGUUGUGAUUCCGCGAAAUGGAACUCUUGGAUUGAGCUUUCACUCCUGCCAUUCCCCAUGGAGAAGAAGUUGCUUGUCCGAUUCUAUACCAUUCAAUAGCACUGGAGUCAAGGGAUUCGAGCGCAUCUAGCUAGGACCCGCGCAUACGCGCUCCUUUACUGCCUACCCUCACAAAGCUACUCACGAAUCCAUCUUCUUGCUCCUGCUCUGGACUUAUUGCUGGCUUUGAGCUUUCUUGCUUUGGUUUCGGGAACAGGCCUGGCUUGGCUAGCUACAGGCCUUUUGAUUUAAGGCUUUCCUAGGAGUGAAUUCUUUCUGUUCUAUUGACAGGAUGAUCCCUGGCCGUUGCCGGUGGGGUUAGAUCUCGCCAAAGCAAGCAGCAUGGCAAAACAGGUCUCCUAAAUCCUCCCUCUCGUGGAACGGGCGCCCUUCAUCUUAAAAGAAAGAGACCAUGGGGCAUUUUCGAAGCUACUCGCACUUAUAGAAUAUCACGUCAAAUGAAUAAUGUAGAAUACAACUAGGUGAUUGCCGUGUGGUAUUAGAUCUGAAAGGUGACCACACCUAGUUCCUCAGAAAGACUGCCUCAGAUAGCUACCUCCUUUCUUUCGAUUCGGGCAAGCGAGUUAUUGAGCAAGAAGUGAGUCUAUUUCCAUCCUACUUCUUUCUUCUUCCCUGUAAUACGCUCUAAGAAUCGAAUCUCAGGGCAGCCAAUCGAGUUUGAGUUCCAGUCCCUGUCUCUUUCAAGCCAUUCUUCAUCUUUCUCUUUUGGUAUAGUAUAGUGCCGAUAGGAGUAGUCAGUGCCAGUUCCGCUAGACCCAGUAUUAAUAGGGCUAGUUUCAUUCCCUGGAGAUUGAGUUGGAGGUGGAGUUUCCGGGGUUUUCUUUUAAGAAGUUAGCAAGGGAUCUAGUUUCAGUGGCAGUGAGUAAGGAAGCGGGUGAGCUUUCAGGUCUGGGAGUUAAGGGCCUAGUAACCUAGUUCAACAAGAGAAAGGAAAGUAAACUAGAGAAGUCAAGCCAAGGGGAGUUCUCUGCCAGCCAAGUUACCCUGACGCCAUCGAGCUUAACUUAACUCUUCGAAGUAGGAGUAAUCUUAUUCCUUCCUUCGGGACCUACCUUGAUAAUCAAAACCGUGAGGCCAGCGCUCCAUGGGAACAUACUUUGAUAUUCGUAGACGAGCUUCCUUUAAUUUGUUGGAAAGCCGAGAGGGCUGACCAGAAAGAAAAGAUGAAAUAGCCGGUCCAGCGAUGACAUUUCAGAAGUCUGACACCACAUUGCUUUAUAGUAAAGAAAGAUAGGAGGUAGCUUUUUCAUCCUUGCAUUGCGGCUAUGAGGACGAGACUAUUCAUGCAGUUAAGCUAACUACCUUUCGACUCGACAUCAACCAACCUCACCCCGAACCCAGGGCGUGCGAUUCACUACUUUCUUUAUUCGCCCACGAGAAGAAUGUAAGCAGAAGAUGAACCACUCAGUGAAUUGACAUAAUAGGUAGACUAGACCCCCUACCAUUUCUUCUCUUUAUGGGAGGAGAACUUCUUCAGCCUUUUCGUUACAAACGAAAACGAAUGAUCGCAUUUCUAACGAUCACUGCAAAGAAAAUGAUAAGCGAAAUUCCCUUUUUUGGCCAUAAGCGAUAGGGCCGGCCGUGCUAGAACUAUAAGAAGAGCUCAAGGAAGAGAGAGAAAGUAGUUCAGUUUGAGUAUUUAUCAGGAGUAGUUGCAUUGCUAGUAGGCAGAAAAUAAGUAGUGCGUUAGCUUAUCUGUUCAUUUUAAAACAACCCUUGUUUGUGCUCCUUUAUGCCGCUCUCGCUAGCAGGGAAUCUAGUUCAGCAAGGGCUUUUUUAUAGAGGUUGAGUAAGGGUGAGCUCGCUUGAAGCUGGGGUGCGUCUGGUGGUAUCGUAUAUAAGAUCACACGGCUCCUUUUAGGAGCGAUCUGUUCAUCCAACUCGAAAUUUCUUAAUAGAAUCAAAGAAUCUUAUGCCCAAAACUCCCAUGCUUUCCGGUUAAGAACCAACCGGCAAUAAAUAUCCUACAAGUCUGUUUUAAUUUCUCGAGAGAGCAGAGCACUCAAAGGUAAAUGAAAGGUUCCAUGCGCAACUUUCUUCUUUUUUUUUGGUCGGCGUCAAAUCUCCUUUUCCACCGCGUGCUCCCAAUUACAGGAAUGAUUAUUAAGUUGCGGGAAUCAGGUCCCCUCAGAAUGGACCGUAGCUGACCUUGUAAUCGCGGUUACUCAGAGCCCGGUGGAUAAUCCGGCAAUAAGCCAAUAUGAUUGCUUGGAUUUGUUUUUAAACGGGGAGAGGGCCCUGCUUUAUGGGCAGGUCUGUGAAUUCAUUCAUUUUUUGAAUGGGGUUGGAGUAUACUCCCUUAUGUAGGGGUUGUUGUUUUUUCGGGAGAGAACAGAGGAAUGGAGUCUAAUUUCUUUUGUGGGGCAAAACCUCACUCACAUCAAAAAAAGGAAAACUCAGUUCAGAGGACACCGAGACGCUUUCCAAGUCUCUUCGGGAUAGGCCAGUUUCCGAUGUGUCUGUCCGAACAGUAAAGGAUACAAUCUUCAUUUUUAUUAUGACAAAUAAUCUGGUUCGGUGGCUUUUCUCUACUAACCACAAGGAUAUAGGGACUCUCUAUUUCAUCUUCGGUGCUAUUGCUGGAGUGAUGGGCACAUGCUUUUCAGUACUGAUUCGUAUGGAAUUAGCACGCCCCGGCGACCAAAUUCUUGGUGGAAAUCAUCAACUUUAUAAUGUUUUAAUAACGGCUCACGCCUUUUUAAUGAUCUUUUUUAUGGUUAUGCCUGCGAUGAUAGGUGGAUUUGGGAAUUGGUUUGUUCCAAUUCUGAUAGGUGCACCUGACAUGGCAUUUCCACGAUUAAAUAAUAUUUCAUUCUGGUUGUUGCCCCCAAGUCUCUUGCUCCUAUUAAGCUCAGCCUUAGUAGAAGUGGGUACCGGGACUGGGUGGACGGUCUAUCCGCCCUUAAGUGGUAUUACCAGCCAUUCUGGAGGAGCAGUUGAUUUAGCAAUUUUUAGUCUUCAUCUAUCUGGUGUUUCAUCCAUUUUAGGUUCUAUCAAUUUUAUAACAACUAUCUUCAACAUGCGUGGACCUGGAAUGACUAUGCAUAGAUUACCCUUAUUUGUGUGGUCCGUUCUAGUAACAGCAUUCCUACUUUUAUUAUCACUUCCGGUACUGGCGGGGGCAAUUACCAUGUUAUUAACCGAUCGAAACUUUAAUACAACCUUUUUUGAUCCCGCUGGGGGGGGAGACCCAAUAUUAUAUCAGCAUCUUUUUUGGUUUUUCGGUCAUCCAGAGGUCUAUAUUCUCAUUCUGCCUGGAUUCGGUAUCAUAAGUCAUAUCGUUUCUACUUUUUCCGGAAAACCGGUCUUCGGGUAUCUAGGCAUGGUUUAUGCCAUGAUCAGUAUAGGUGUUCUUGGAUUUCUUGUUUGGGCUCAUCAUAUGUUUACUGUGGGCUUAGACGUUGAUACCCGUGCUUACUUCACCGCAGCUACCAUGAUCAUAGCGGUCCCCACUGGAAUUAAAAUCUUUAGUUGGAUCGCUACUAUGUGGGGGGGUUCUAUACAAUACAAAACACCCAUGUUAUUUGCUGUAGGGUUUAUUUUUUUGUUCACCGUAGGAGGACUCACUGGAAUAGUCCUGGCUAAUUCUGGGCUAGACAUUGCUCUACAUGACACUUAUUAUGUGGUUGCCCAUUUCCAUUAUGUACUUUCUAUGGGAGCCGUUUUUGCUUUAUUUGCAGGAUUUUACUAUUGGGUGGGCAAAAUCUUUGGUCGAACAUACCCUGAAACUUUAGGUCAAAUCCAUUUUUGGAUCACUUUUUUCGGGGUUAAUCUUACCUUCUUCCCCAUGCAUUUUUUAGGGCUUUCGGGUAUGCCACGUCGCAUUCCCGAUUAUCCGGAUGCUUACGCAGGAUGGAAUGCCCUUAGCAGUUUUGGCUCUUAUAUCUCUGUAGUUGGGAUUUGUUGUUUCUUCGUGAUCGUAACAAUCACUUUAAGCAGUGGAAAGAACAAAAGAUGUGCUCCAAGUCCUUGGGCUGUUGAAGAGAAUUCAACCACACUGGAAUGGAUGGUACAAAGUCCUCCAGCCUUUCACACUUUUGGAGAACUUCCAGCUAUUAAGGAGACGAAAAGCUAAAGUCAAAGAAAACUUUUUAAAAUGAAAGAGACGAAGGAAAAGCAACUAAGAACCUAACAGAACUUCU